UUAUGGCGGGCCGAUUGAAUCCUGGCCAUUAUAAUACGUGUAAGUUACAGUCAGGCAUCACGAGGUCAGAGUGAUUAACAGCACAGUUCUAUGUGCAUUUCAGUAUUAAGACCUCAAAACGUUCUUGACGUGGAUAUCUUGAACACAAGAGAGCUGGAAUGUUUUAAAAGACUAAAUACAGUUGGACACACUCGGUUGCAGCCCAGUUUAAUCCUUUCCCAGAAUGCACCGUGUCAAUGCACAGUUGUGUUACCUGUUUACCGUUGGAACGCGUUUGUUUGGUCGUUUUUUCCGUUAUUGCUGAGGUUUCAAGUAGAUUGUUAUGUAUUUCUUUUGCCACGAAUGAUCAGAGAAGGCGAGUUUAUAAAUAAAUAAGCCUAAGGUAACGUUAAACACGCGAAAAUUGGAGAUCGGCGAGACUUGAGGAAAUGAGGAAAUACCCUGGCGCGAACGUCCGCUUUCAUUUUACAGUUCGACAUGUUAUCGCUUUCCGACCGAUUUGACAGCUUACGCAGGGACUGCAGAGCUAUUCUUCAGGACGGUGUCUAAAUAUCAAGAGUGAUUCUUCUGAACGGUCUCUGAAUGUUGGGAGUGGAUCUUCAGAAGGAUUAGCUGAGGUGUAAAUUAAGCCUGGACUAGUCACAGCUCCCCAAGCGAGAAAACAACAGAAGGGCCGUGAAGAUCAGCCCUAAUGGAGGAGACAGAAACAGUGCUGACCUGCUCCGAGCAGGACGCUUUAGGAGCAGACUUCAUCACGGUAGAGCUUGACACCCAGCCCAUCGAAUAUGUGGUCAAGUGGGCCGAGGUGGGCUCAAAAUUCACUAUAACCUGCGUGAAAAAGGAUUUGGACGAGGAUGCUUGCUUCACCGCCAAUCAGAUGGUGAAAGUCGAACCGGAUGAGACGUUCUAUGUCCCUUACGACACAGUUUACACAGAAUGUGACGAAGCAGCUCCAGAUUUGAUUGCGACGCAUGAGGAGGAGGUGGGCAGUGAGUCAGACUUCAUCUACAACACAGAAGCAGGGAAUAGCCAGUUGUGCGAUGAGGAGUACCUUUCUGAUAUUUGCUGGGAAAGGGAGGUGUCUCAUGCUAGAACAUAUAACUGCCGCUUUUGUGGCAAGAGCUACAGCCAUUCCUCCAGUCUUGCUCGCCAUCUGCACGUACACUCGGAUAGAUCGUCCCUCACUUCCUCUAAAGAUUUCGGCAAGUUGUGCGGCAACAAAAAGUCUCUCCAGUGCAAUCUAUGCGGGGUAAGGUGCAACGGCAAGCGGCUUUUGGCGAUACAUAAGAAAUGCCACAAAACCAAGAGACUGCACACGUGCAACACCUGCGGCAAAACGUUCAAUCACAGCUCUAGUCUGUCGCGGCAUCGGUUAAUCCACAAAAAAGGCUUGGAUGAAAACGUCAGACCGCUGUACCCAACUCCAACCCUGGCUCCCAUCAUGACCCAGCACAAUUUCCCAUCCAGCUACGGCACGAGUAAAAGAACGGCGAGCCUCUCCUCAGGCGAGCGAGAAAAGCAGUACCAGUGCACGCAAUGCGACAGGGUCUUCAGCCACUCCGCGGGACUCUCCAAGCACCAGGUGGCUCACGUGCGACAGCUGCUCAACUCUUACACGCACGGCAAAGCCUCGCUCGACAAGUCCUCGGACCUCAAGAUCCGCCUGAAGCUCUGCUCCCGCGACAAGCCCAACUACUACACCCUGUGCAAGAAGCACGGUAAAGGGGGCAAGAAGAGGCUGUGCCUGCCGAACGAUGAGCGCAUGUGUGAGAAACGCUUCAGCCACACCGCCAGACUCUCCAGCGACAAGUGCUACACCUGCAACGUCUGCAAGAAGACCUUCAUUCGGCUCUCCAACCUCAAGCAGCACCAGCAAACGCACGCUUCGGGAAAACUCUACGAAUGCCCACAGUGCGGGAAAACUUUUGUUCACUCCUCCAGUUUCUCACGCCAUAAGAAGGUCCACACGAUGAUAAAAUUGUCCCCGAAACGGGAAGACAUUAAGUGCGAAGAGGAACUGGUCAUCGAUGAGGUGGCCCCGCUGGAAUAUGAGUCCGAGUGAGAAAGACCGAAGCUCUGGAACUGUCAAGGCCUAGCUGAUGGGGGAAAAUUAUGUUUUGUUUAGUUUGUUUUACGAAAUCGUAAUUUGGGUGUGGCGUCCCUGGCUGUGUGGGUUCUAUCUAAUGUUCUUGUAAUUAUUAUAGCCCUUUUUGGCCACCUUUAGGGGAUGUGGUAUCCACCUUUGUUGAUAUAAAAAAAAAAUUUUUUUUUUUUUUGGUUGACAUUCCCUUUUGUUUUGUUCGUUCAGUUUAUUGGCAAAGUAAUUAUUUACAAGCCAAAUCGUGUAAUUUAUGUUCCUUCGUUUUUAGGUAUCCACAAGAAAAACAAAAGAGAAAUGUAGGUGUUAUUUAUUUUUCCUUUUCUUGCACUGAAUCUGUGAACCCAAAAUAAAGUACUUAUUAAGGUGUGGGUUGUAGUAGAGGGAGGUGAGGGGCAAAGGUCAGAUUGAAUUCAAGUUUGUUAGUAGGAACCAGAGUUUUGUAUGCAAGAAGUACAUUUAUGUGCAAUUUACUUGAAUAUCGUUCCAUUAAGUGUGCGGUUUGAAUCAAUUAUUUCUCCUGUAAUUAUAUUUAGUGACCUAAUUUCCUAGACCAAGAAAUUCAAGGCUUUUCUCACCUGAAGUCUGGAGACACAAAAACAUGUUGCUGUAUGGUUUUAUGGGAUAUUAAAAAAUAAAAAUAUAUCCAGGUAUAAACUGCUGGACGAGUGCAAAUGGAUAAGCUGUACUCUGGACUAACAAGUGUUUUGGGGUGUUUCAAUUGUUCUGGAUUGAACUAGUUUCCUCAACAUGUUGUCUUUGGUACUUAUUUCCUCUUUGAUGUUCUUUUGUCAAAAUAUGAAAUCCAUUGUGUCCAUGGAGGGUAUUUAU